UGCCAGGCGGGAGGCAGCAGCGGUUGGAGGUGUCGCGGGCUUUGCAGUGGGGACUUCGGCGGCGGUGGCGGCGGCGGCGCCUCUGGCACCUCGGCCCUGACACCAUGAGGCGAGUGGUACGACAGAGCAAAUUUCGGCAUGUAUUUGGGCAAGCUGUGAAAAACGACCAGUGUUACGAUGACAUUCGGGUUUCUCGCGUGACCUGGGACAGUUCCUUCUGCGCUGUCAAUCCCAGAUUUGUUGCCAUAAUCAUAGAAGCCAGUGGGGGCGGAGCAUUCCUGGUGCUGCCUUUGCACAAGACCGGUCGAAUUGACAAGUCCUACCCUACGGUAUGCGGCCACACGGGACCCGUGCUCGACAUAGACUGGUGCCCGCACAACGAUCAAGUCAUCGCCAGCGGGUCUGAGGACUGCACGGUUAUGGUAUGGCAGAUUCCAGAAAACGGACUCACCCUCUCCCUGACGGAACCGGUGGUGAUUCUAGAAGGCCACUCAAAGAGAGUUGGCAUCGUGGCCUGGCAUCCGACGGCCCGCAACGUGCUCCUCAGCGCAGGCUGUGAUAAUGCAGUCAUCAUCUGGAAUGUGGGGACAGGGGAAGCCCUUAUAAACUUGGAUGAUAUGCACUCAGACAUGAUCUACAACGUAAGCUGGAACCGGAAUGGCAGUCUGAUCUGCACGGCUUCCAAAGACAAGAAAGUGAGAGUGAUUGAUCCUAGGAAACAGGAGAUCGUUGCUGAGAAGGAGAAAGCACAUGAAGGGGCAAGGCCCAUGAGAGCCAUCUUUCUGGCUGAUGGGAACGUCUUCACCACUGGCUUCAGCCGCAUGAGUGAGCGGCAACUGGCUCUCUGGAAUCCGAAAAAUAUGGAGGAGCCAAUUGCUCUUCAUGAAAUGGACACUAGCAAUGGGGUGUUGCUGCCUUUCUAUGACCCGGACACCAGUAUCAUCUACUUGUGUGGAAAGGGCGACAGCAGUAUCCGCUAUUUCGAGAUCACAGAUGAAUCCCCGUAUGUCCACUACCUCAACACCUUCAGCAGCAAAGAGCCUCAGAGGGGGAUGGGCUACAUGCCCAAGAGGGGCCUUGAUGUUAACAAAUGUGAGAUUGCCAGAUUCUUCAAACUUCAUGAAAGAAAGUGUGAACCUAUUAUCAUGACGGUUCCCAGGAAGUCUGACCUUUUCCAGGACGACCUGUACCCUGACACAGCGGGGCCCGAAGCAGCGCUGGAAGCGGAAGAGUGGUUUGAGGGGAAGAACGCAGAUCCGAUCCUCAUCUCCCUGAAGCACGGGUACAUUCCGGGCAAAAACCGGGAUCUCAAGGUGGUCAGGAAGAACAUUCUGGAUAGCAAGCCCACCGCAAACAAGAAGUGCGACCUGAUCAACGUUCCCAAGAAAUCCGCAGAUACAGCCAGUGUGCAAAAUGAAGCCAAGUUGGAUGAGAUUUUAAAAGAGAUCAAAUCCAUAAAAGACACAAUCUGCAAUCAAGAUGAGCGUAUUUCGAAGUUAGAGCAGCAGAUGGAGAAGAUAACAGCCUGA